AUUUUUAAAAAUAUCAAAUUAUGCCAGAGACAAAUAAAACCUUUGUUUCAUGAACUGUUGUUUCUACUGGUUCUCCUCUGCAUUAAGCAAAGCCGAAAUCAGUAUUUAUGUUGAUCAAAUUCUCAUUCCUUCUUCAUCACUCUUCAACUAUCCUUCUCCUUUUUUCUAUCAUCUUCUUCUUCUCUCCAUCUUCUCAAGGAUCUUGCAGUGACUUUGAAUCUGAACCGUCCAUGGCAACUCUUGGUGGAUUACGUGAAUCACAUGGUGCCGCUAAUGAUGCUGAGAUCGAAAGUCUUGCUCGAUUUGCUGUUGAUGAACAUAACAAAAAAGAGAAUGCAUUGCUAGAGUUUGCAAGGGUUGUGAAGGCAAAGGAACAAGUGGUUGCGGGUACAUUGCAUCACUUUACUAUUGAAGCUAUUGAUGCUGGUAAGAAGAAACUGUAUGAUGCAAAGGUAUGGGUGAAGCCAUGGAUGAACUUCAAGGAGUUGCAGGAAUUUAAACACACUGAGGAUUCUCCUUCGUUCACUUCUUCAGACCUUGGUGCUAUUAGAGAAGGGCAUGCCUCAGGAUGGAAAGAAGUACCUGUCCAUGACCCUGAAGUGCAAAAUGCAGCUGAACAUGCUGUCAAGAAUAUACAGCAAAGAUCCAACUCUUUAUUUCCUUAUGAACUGCAAGAAAUCGCUCAUGCAAAGGCGGAGAUUGAGGAAGACACUGCAAAGUUUAACCUGCAGCUGAAAGUGAAGAGAGGAAACAAGGAUGAGAGUUUCAAUGUAGAGGUGCACAAAAGCAGUGACGGCAAUUAUAACCUUAAUAAGAUGGCCAACAUUCAGCCUGAGAUUGAGAACCAGUAAUGCCAUCCUUGCCUGGGUUUCCUCAUGGUUUUCGUAGGGACUGAACUAGUACUAGUAAAUACAGCUUACUUGGUUUUAGUAUAAUAAUAAUAACCUACAUGCUUUGUGAUGGUUGCACCUUCCGAUGUGGUGGCUUUCAUCAACGGGUAUGGAACAUCGUCCUUUUGUUUUUAUUCGAUGGCUUUGGGAGUACUUCAUAUCAUAAUGUUACAGCGACUUGGUUAAUGUAUAAUUGUCUCGACUUUUGUAAGUGAUUACAUCUGAGUGUGCCUUCUAUGUUAUGUAUGGUUUUAGUUAUUUUCUCAUU